AAAUGAGCUCCUCUUCUCUUAAGCAUCGAUCAAAAUCUCCUCCAAAGACUAAGAGUCCUCCAAAAAACAAGCCUAAACCGACGAACUCUCCACGUCCCCUCACAACUUAUGUUGAACUUAAAUCAAAAGAAUUUGAAUUCAAUUCGAACAGAAACUGAUAUCUCGAAGAACAUCACAGCACUAGACCUGCUGCAAUCAACAAGAUUAUCAUCAGCACUGCAAAGAAAGAUUUGGGCAGAAACCCCCCUGUCAAAAAAGCCGAGAUGUCAACAACUAAAUAAUAUCUCAAGAUCAAGCAUCAACACAAUCAACCUCCAAAAAGGGAUCAGCGGAGUAACCAUCAACCCCAACAAACUAAAACCCGGCUUCUCUGGUAGAGAAAGAUCUUUCCAAGAAAACUUCCGUCGCACGACCAUCAAACAAAGUCUGCAACAAAGAGAGAACCCAAAAAGCACAGUCAGAUAUUUCGGUAACAAAGACUACCACUAUCCCCAGCCCAAGCCAGCCUUCCACCCCAGCGACCAGUCCAACCCCACUUAUAAACUAUUAGCCCAGAACAAAGAUUUGGACAUUAAGAGAACACAGAUGGAGUCAGAGAGAGGAAAUAAAGGGGGAGAAGGAGGAACCAAAUCAAAUCUUUUCAUGGAAAUACUAGAAGGAAUUUAUCAGGACAAGCAAACUAAUAAAUUAUGCAAUAGAAGAAAAUUAGAUUUGCAGCCUUCUAUUUUAGGAGAACAUUCUGAAAUAAAUAAGAAAAAUCGACUUAACAGAAAGAUUAUGCAAGUUAUCUCUACAAAGACUAAUAGAUCUCUGGUGUGAAAGAAAUAAACAAAUGAGUAUCAAAAAAUUAAAGAAGAAGUCUGUUCCAAAAAUUAACAAAUCAAAAGAAAACAAUAUUGUAAAUAUCACAUUCAAUAAUUGCAGAAUAAAGUCUGCUAAAGAAGGAUUUAGGCAUGGAAACCCAAAAUACAAAACUUCUUCUAAUGAGCAAAGACUAAACACAUCUUUGAAACUCCAAAGGGGCAGUUUAGAGAGUAGCAACUAUUCAAGCAAAGAAUGAAUAGAUCAUGCAAUCACAACAUUUAAGAGCAUCUAUUCAACUACUCAGCCAAAUAAUCAAUAUGCUACUCAUGAAUCAGAUCUUAUCAAAAAGUUCAAAAAUGUUCAUCGUUACAUAACUCCUAAAACAUACUCUAAACUAGAAGAGGCUUUUGAAAGCAAGGCAGGGAAUUUUGAACCUGAGAGUCUCUAUGCUCCAAUCCAACAGAGAUCUAUUGAUUUUGAAGAAAACAUCCAUAAAAACCACAAAAGGAAUAGCAGCAGAACUAUACAGAUGAACAAAGGCAACCCAAGAUUUAAAAUUGACAUAACUCUUGGGAACCAAAAAGUCCUUAUCACCACAAAAGGAAUCAGAAUAUUAACCAAAAACUACAAAAACAGACCUUACUACAGAAAAAUAUCUGGAAAAUCCUUGUUCCCAGAUCCCUAUGCUAAAACCACUUCUCACAAAACCUCUCACUCAAACCAGUCUAACCCAGCGCACAGUCGCAAGAGCAGUUUCUUCCAUAUGGCCGGUGCUCCUCCAAAGUCUCAAGAACGGGCAACAAGUCUCGACCAGAGCGGAAUCUUCACAGCUAAUCUGCUAAGCAGGAUUUUUUAA